AUGGUAAAGUUUGAGGACCUUCUGUGCGACAUCAACGGCUUUGGGAGAUUUCAGAUUAUGAUCAUUAUAAUAAGUUUUAUUGGUCGCUUCACCAUGCCCUGCCACUUCCUGCUCAAUAACUUCAUAGCAGCUGUUCCUGCUCACCACUGCGACUACAGCCAUUUGGACCACAGUGACAGAUUCAUGAAUUUAUCCCAGGCGGAGAAAUUAGUUGUUAGUAUUCCAGUAGAAGAGGAUGGGAAUCCAAGCUCUUGUAGGAUUUUCAAAGAGCCUCAGUAUCAAUUGCUGGAGAAUUCUUCAAUUAUGAGUUGCCCUGAUGUGUCCACUGUACCCUGCCCUAAAGGAUGGAUUUAUGACAACAGCACCUUUAAAUCUACUCUUACAUCACAAUGGGACCUGGUGUGCGAUAAAAGAGGAAAGAACAAGGCAACGGCUACAAUCUUCUUUGUUGGAGUUAUGUUUGGAGCGAUGACUUUUGGUCUUUUAAGCGACAGGUUCGGACGCAGGAUCACUCUGCUGCUGUCCUAUGUGUCCGGGAUGCUGUUUGCUGUCGCCAGUGCCUUUUCCACAACCUACCUCAUGUUUGCAGUGCUCCGAUUCAUGACUGGCUUUUGCAUCACUGGGAUUGUCAUUGUUUCAGCUGUGCUCAGUGUGGAAUGGGUUGAUAUUGAGCACAGGAAGUUGGUGGGAGUGAUCGACAGCCUGUCAUGGACGUUUGGGAACACGGUCUUUGCACUCAUCGCAUACUUUGUGAGGGAUUGGAGAUGGCUGAUCCUAAGUGUGACAUCACCUGUGCUCUUGGGUAUCAUCACCUGGAGAUGGAUGCCUGAAUCUGCCCGAUGGCUCAUAGCAAACGGGAAAUUAACUGAAGCUCAAAAACACUUGAAAAAAUGUGCCAAAAUGAACAACCGAAAAGAAUCACUACACAUGGUUACUCCAGAGGCUUUGUCGUGUAUAGUAGUGACUGAAAAAAGAGAUCGCACCUACUCCUAUAUGGAUCUCAUACGAAUCCCCAAAUUGAGGAGCUUGGCCUGUCGAACUGGGUUAUUAUGGUUUUGUGUAGCAAAUGCUUUUUACGGCAUCAGCUUUAACAUCACUGGGUUUGGUCUCAACAUGUAUCUAACUCAAUUCACCUACGCGAUUGUUGAGUUGCCAGCCAAAGUAUCGGCUUACUUCUUAUGGGACAGAAUUGGCCGCCGUCCUGUUCAAGGCGGGGCACAGUUUUUGGUUGCGCUUUGUCUCGCAGCCAAUAUUUUUAUCCCAAGAGAUAUGGCUGUUUUUAGAACAGUGAUGGCAAUUAUAGGGAAAGGGUUUUCUUCUGCAGCCUUUGGCACACUGGUGUUGUACAGCUCUGAGCUUUAUCCCACUGUGCUGAGGCAGAACGGCAUGGGCUACAACUCGUUCAUGGCUCGUCUGGGCGUGGCACUUGCCCCCUUGGUCCUGCUCCUGGAGGACGUGUGGUCAGAGCUGCCCCAGGUCGUGUUGUGUUGUGUGGCUGCAGUGGGAGGUCUGGUGGCAAGAACCCUUUCUGAAACCCGCAACCGGUGUCUCCCAGAAACCAUAGCAGAUAUAGAGAAGCACUGGUAG